GUACACUUCGUGUAAAGAACAAAUUAAGUGAUUAAACAAAACUUAAACCUGAAGCAAUGGCUUACAAGUUUGUUGUUGUCCUCGCCUUCGUUGCUGCCGCCAGCGCCGCUGCUGUUGUACCCAGCGCUCCCGUCUUGGCCAAGACUGCCGAACUCGAGGAAUUCGAUGCUCAUCCCCAAUAUAAAUAUGGUUAUGAUGUCAAGGAUAGUCUUUCUGGGGACUCUAAGGGCCAUGUGGAGGAACGCGAUGGUGAUGUGGUUCGUGGUGAAUAUACUGUAAUUGAUGCUGAUGGUUUCAAGCGUACUGUUAGCUAUGUUGCCGAUCCCGUCAAUGGUUUCAAUGCUGUUGUUCGUCGUGAACCCAUCGUCGCCGCCGCUCCCGUUGUUGCUGCUGCCCCAGUUGUUAAGGCUGCUCCCGUAGUUGCUGCUGCACCUGUUGUUAAGGCUGCUCCCGUUGUUGCUGCUGCCCCAGUAGCUGCUCCCAUUGUCAAGGCUGCCCCCGUUGUUGCCGCUGCUCCAGUAGCUGCCCCUGUUGUUAAGGCUGCUCCCGUUGUUGCUGCUGCCCCUGUAGCUGCUCCAAUUGUCAAGGCUGCCCCUUUCGUUGCUCCUGCUCCCUUCAGCGCUGCCGUAACCUACUCUGCCACAGCUCCAUUUGUUAAAGCUGCCGCCCCCGUUGUUGCCGCUGCCCCAGCUCCCUAUGUUGCCGCUCCAGCACCAUAUGUAGCUGCUCCAGCUCCUUACGUUGCUGCCCCAUUCAACUAUGCUUUGCCAGCUGGUUAUGCCGUACGCAAUUUGUAA